GACGCCCGCCGCGAAAUCAAGUGCUGCAGCGCACUCCACUACCUGGCCGACAGCGGCAUCCCCCACUUCUUCGACGGCAUGGGCUUCGUCCUCAGCGCGGGGGUGCUCGAGAGCUGGGCCGGCCGCAGCAGCGAGGCGCUCCAGAACGGCGACGAGGCGCAAAUAUGCCUCCGCGACGGCGUGUCGUUCGCCACCGCCGCCAUCGACGCCGUCGGCGUGGCCGCGGCGAUCCUCCCGGCGGGCGACAUCCUCCAGCGCGCCUGGUUGCUCGCGGCCGAGCAGCUCCAGACCAAGGCCAUCAACGAGGUAUGCCUGGCGCGCGACCACUUGCAGGACAUGCGGAGCCAGAUUUGCCUGCAGUUCAUCGACGCCGGGAUUAUUGUGCAUCUUCUUGACUAAGCGCCGAGAUUUGUGUGAUUUGAUUUCUGCUCUAGAAUAUCAUCUGAUUCUGAUGUAAUGUGUGGUCUGUGUUUGCUAGUAGCCGUUAGACACUCUGGCUGACAAACGAAACGCGAAC